CACUGGCUUCCUGCUGCGUGGGCGGCACGCUGAGCUGUCAAACUGAGCCCAGCUAGGCUUCAGAGGGAUUGUUAGGCCUUUGGCGUUCAGCAAUUAAACAGAGUUGUUAUGAUUACAGAACAUUAGAGUCUACUGCACCAAUCUGCCUCUGCUGGACAGAUCCAGACCCAGAUACAUUAUUGUUCCCCGAGGAAAUGACCUCGUGUUUCCAGCGGCUGAUUGCCCUUGGGGAUAAGGAUCACACAUCACUUACUAUUUAUAUUUCUUGAGGGUGUUCCUCAAAGCCUGUGACUCAUUAACUGACCACAAUGAAUCUCAUUGGAAUCACUUUGUGCUAAGCCUGCUAUCGAGCUGUGUCCAGCCUUCAGAGACAGAAGGUCGAUGAGUAUUAUUGGGCAGACUUUACACUUAUCCCAGCAGUUGCUUUCCACAUCUAACUUGUCUGUUUAUAUUGACAAGCAUAAUUCCUCCCUGCAGUGUGAGUGAGUGAGUGAGUGAGUGAGUGAGUGAGUGAGUGAGUGAGUGAGUGAGUGAGUGAGUGAGUGAGUGAGUGAGUGAGUCUGUUCCGAGGAGAAUCAUAAUAGAACGAGAUCAAUGCUUGGGUCCAUCCAAUUAGGCUAAUGAGUUCAGAGGAUUAGCAGUGGCUGGCGUUAAAAGGUUACACACCCGCAGAUACGCACACUCUCAUCUCCAGUUGAACUCGUAUCAGCAUAUUUUUACAUUUAUUUACAUUUUCUUUGAGAUGUUUAGGAAAGCCACGAGCCAAACAGUCUCUGGUUAAGCAGUCUUAGGCCCCGUCCACACAAAGCUGAUUUCAUGGCGAAACCGCAAAGGUCUUGUACGGUUUGGCCUUCCGUCCACACGAAGCCGGCGAAUCCGCUGACCGAAACUGUAAACUUCUGAAACCACCCUCGGAGGUGUUUUCAAAUAGCUUGGUCCUAUCAGACCAUCGUACUUCAUUUCAUUUGUACAGAAGUAUGGAAGCAUAUAUGUAGCAAAAUUCAAAUGGUAAUGCAAUUUGCAAUUACAUUAUGCAAUUGACAAUUCAUUAUGCAAUUUGAUAAUGUAAUUUGUAAAUACGUUAUUGAAAGUGUAUUUUAAUAUGCAAAGGGGCAAUGCAAUCCUCAAUUAAAUUUGUAAAAGUUAGAACAAUGAAAAUAGAAUAACAUUUUGUCAAAUUCUUUGAGUUCCUUUAUUCAAAUUGAAAAGCUAUAGCGUCCCUGUGAUUGCAAUGCACUACGCCACGCUCCGUGUGUUGCGAUAUUCAAAUGACAUUCAAUCCGCAAAACGCUUUGCAAAAGAUUUGGCAAAACGUAAUCCAAAACGUUUUCCAAAAAGUCAAUAUGCAAAGUGGCAAACGUAUCAGCCAAUCAGCGUCUGGGCGGGAACUACGUCACUUGCUCGUAAUUUCCUUGUUCACGUUCGUAUGUGUCUUGUAUUGAACAUGCAUUGUUUUUGUAUUGAACAUGUAUUGUUUGUUGUAUUGAGUAUGUAUAGUUUGUUGUAUUGAACAUGUAUUGUUUGGUUUCCUCAAUUACAGGUACACCUCUAGUCAAGCAAACCAAUAUUUUAUUAUAAACCUUAUUAUUUUAUUAGCUAAAUGGCAAAUUCAUAAAUGUAAAUACUCGAAUCAGAAACCGCUUUUUGUUGUGUUUGAGAAGGAAAACAGGCAAUACAUGGGGAAUAUUCUAUGUUCUAGAAAUGGGAAAGCUAUUAAAACACCUAGUGUGUGUGCUCUUUAUAAUAUUUUUAUUUUAUUUAAUGCUGCAUUUUGUAUAUUUUGUCUGCCAUUUCUGUACCCCCUGGCUGUUGUUGUAUUGCUAAUUGUCAAUAAAAUGUAUAAACAUUUUUAAAAAAAAAAACGUUCGUAUGUGUCAGGUCCAUGGUCAGUUUGGUCACCAGUGGAGUAGAUUAUUGAUACGCCCCGAAGUUUGGCCGAUGAUGUGGGGAACCAUCGUGUUGAAGACACAGAUGCAGUAGAUAGAGUGCGUGCUCUGGGAGACUUAUCCUCACUGGUACGUUUUGACGCCAGUGUGGUAAACACAAAUAUUUCCCAAGUGCUACAGGCACUGGGUGCGAAACACUGGGUCGGGAGACCCACCGUGGAGAUACCCUUGGAAGCAAUAGGAAGUGACGCAGUUCCCGACCAGACGCUGAUUGGCUGAUACGUUUGCCACUUUGCAUAUUGACUUUUUGGAAAACGUUUUGGAUUCCGUUUUGGAAAACGUUUUGCAAAACGUUUUGCCAAAUCUUUUGCAAAGCGUUUUUGCGGAUUGAAAUGUCAUUUGAAUAUCGCAACACACGGAGCGUGGCGAAGUGGAUUGCAAUGAUGGGGACGUUAUAGAUUUUCAAUUUUAAUAAAGGAACUCAAAGAAUUUGACAAAAUGUUAUUCUAUUUAUAUUGUUCUAACUUUUGCAAAUUUAAUUGAGGAUUGCAUUGUCACUUUGAAUAUUAAAAUACACUUUGAAUAACGUAUUUACAAAUUACAUUAUAAAAUUGCCAAAUGAAUUGUCAAUUGCAUAAUGUAAUGACUUAUUGAAUUGCAAAUUGCAUUGCUAUUUGAAUUUUGCUACAUAUAUGCUUCCAUACAGAAGGUCUGGAACUGCUCAAUUGACAAACGUUCACUCACUUUGAGGCGGGUGUCUGUAGAAGUUUUAAAAUGAUUGGAUCUGCCCAGUGCCACUCUGGAUGUGCCAUAACCAAUCGCAUAGCGUUUGGUCGUGACGUAUGUCAUGCAACGGGACAUGCCGUAAAACACAUUUCGCACACGCGCAGGUAAUGGUGGAUUUAAUGAUUCGUUUCCGUGACCCAGUUCGCGUGAUUCAGUUCGCCACGAGGAGUCGUUCGCGAAUCGUUCGUUCGUUCGUUCGUUCAGUCGAGUUUCCGGUAGCACUAACUCCACUGAGUCUGCAUCAUGGAAUGCACGCCAUUGCACGUUUCUCAUCUGAGUCAUGGUGCGUUUUAAUAUCCAUCCGUCUCGGAGGUCCGAGGACGUUGCCUUGCGACACGCACAAACACGCCCCUUUUCCUCGGACGGCGAUCUCGCCAUCUCGGUUGAACUCAGUGGUGACCGAGCGAAAUUCCGAGACAGAAUUCAAGAUGGCUGCGCCCAUUGUGACUUGAAGUGUGAACUGUUUUCAUUGUGCUUGGACCACUUUGGUGGUUUAAAUGGUAAUUUCAAUCACUCGUAUUACUGCAAUACCUUACUGCGUCCGUAUCUCUGCCUAUGGAAACAAAUAUAUCGCAUUUGUGUACAGCACUUUGGUCAACUACUGUUGUUUUAAAUGUGCUAUAUGAAUAAACUUGACUUGACUUGACUAUGGCCUAUAGCCUACUUAUAUUGGAUCGCCUGGUCCUCUGCCAAUGCUACCGCGAUAACAGCUUUCAGGGUGGCGUCCAUGUUUUCCUCCAACGACCGAGCGAAAUAAUAAGACGCUUGAAGUGUGGGCGUGGCGUCAGAUCCGAGAUCCGAGUCGGUUCGCAGAGAAUACUCGAACGCAGGAUCAGUCAGACUCAGUGGAGUUAGUGCUACCGGAAAUUCAUUCGUUCGUUCAGUCGAGUUUUCGGUGAAUAGAAUGGUGAACGAGACGACCGAACGAACGAGAGAGACGAACUGGUUUGGUUCGUUCGUUCUAAAGACUCGUUCAUUCGAACCGGUUCGCGAACGAACGAGCCAACACUACGCGCAGGCUGUACACAAACAAAACAAGAUGAAGCGUGAAGAUGUCUCUGAACGAUAGCUGCAGGUUUUGUUUAUCUGAUUUAACCGUACGUCCACACCAGCUCAUAAAGUUUUGCUGCAAAUAUUUCUGUUCACUUUGGUCGCUCAAGUCGCUCAUGACGUACAAUUCAAUUUUGCAGACGCAUUUAAAGGAGCCGUAUGCUUUUAGUACAGACAGCCAUAUCAAAGAGUGAACUCCCAAACACUUUGGCCAUAUUGCAGAGACGGUUUUGCUUGUUGGAUAAAGUGCUUCGACAGUAAGUAGGAGUGUGAUUCCCCUCCAAUAUAUAUAUAAAAAAAAAUCCUAAAAUGUAAUUACAACCGAGAACAAAAAAACGUUGCGUGCUGUAGUAGGCUAGUUAAAAUAUGUUUCACUGAUCUGCAUCUGCAAAUCAUGAUCUGCACUCAUUCGUCGCACUCAAAACAAAUAGACAUUGGCGCACAUGGCUAAUUUGCAUACGUGCACAGGACUGGCUGGCUCCACAAGGCAAAUAAUGGAACAUAUCUAUCUAUCUAGGCCUAUCUGUCUAUCUAUCUAUCAACGCGUGUCUAGUUUUAAUAUGAUGUAUUGUGUGUAUGUCCAGUCAGACUUGUUCUGUGUGGUCUUGUAGGCUACUGUCCUGUGUGAGCCGAAUCACCUAAAUGAAUUCCCGACGAUUUUUGUCGUUUGGUAUUAAUAAAGACUUGACUAGGCUAUCUAUCUAUCUAGACUAUUUAAUUAACAAUUAUUCACCUCAGGCUCCGUGAAUAGUGGGGAAUAGAGGGAUAAAAGACAAGAGAUAUAUCCCCUGUCAUUUAUCCCUCGUCUUGUCGAUUAGUUUGUUUAUGUGACGAUUUCAAAAACUUUUUUUGUUUUGUUUAAAGCAUGCUACACGCGAUUGGUUGGCUAGAUUGGUUUGGUCAUUAUUGGUCAUUAUUCAUUUGCAUUAUUCCGCGUGCAUUAUUCCUUUGCACAACGUAUUAUUCCUUUGCACAACGUAUGUAUUUUCGAUAUUUGAAAACGAUAUCGUCCCAUUCAGAGCAAGGAAGAUUAGUAUACUAGGAUCUCGGUUAGCAGGCAUGUAUGGCGCCUAUUUUACAAUAAUCUCAAAUGUUUCAUUAACUCACUCGCCAGACCAACCAGCCACGCGUGACACCUCCGCCCAGGCCAGAGCCUUGGCCUUGCGAUCUCUGAAGUGAAAGAGGGUUGGGUCGUACAACACUAGGUGCCCAGUUACAGCCGCGAUUAAUAAUUCAGCUGACAUUUUGUACAGUGAGUGAAUAAAGGUAGGUCGGUACCAAAGUGCCUGCCGGUGUUCCCUGGGAUCCACGCAAGCGAAGAGCGUCUACAUUCCGAUUGGCUGUCAGUGUUUUGCCGCUGAAACGCGUCAUAGUAAUUUGCAUAAAGUUCAACAGUUUUCAACUUUUUUUGGAUGCUCUGGUCGCUCAACUUUGGCCACUGGUCGCUUUGGUCGCUCUUGCCCAUAGAAAGUGAAUGACUUCCGAUUUGGUAGCUCAAUUCGCUUCUGGUGUGGACGAACAGUAAGUUUUCAAAGAACAGUUGUACAUUCUAAAUUAAAGGCCCACUAUGCAACUUCGGGCAUUUCUUCGCUGUUUUCUUGGUUUGGCACGCACAUUUCUCUACACAGCGCCCCCUACAGCUUCGUAGUAUAUAUUUACAACACUGUCGUAACAGCUCGUUGACGACCCUUCCCCAUGCACUUCUACGCGAGCCAUGUGCAUUUGUUUUCAAAGAAGCCGGCGAAUACGUGGAGCCAUGUCCGAAGUAGAUGUUCAUAAAGUGUAGGCAAGGUUAUACAUUUUUAAAAUGGUGUAUUUGUAUUGCAAUAAACAUAAAUCCAUCCUUUUUUAUGGUUGACGGGGAGAAUUUAUAUCCUAGAUUAUAAUUGUUUUAUCUUAGGUUGAACAGAACAAUCAGUGUAAGUGUUGGCCAACAUAAUAAUCUAAAUAAACAAGAACCUGGAUUCGGGGAUUCAGUCUGUAUCUGGGGGACGAGACAGACGAACAGCAAAACCCCCAUGGAAACAAAGGUGUUUAUAUGGUUGAAAGCUAGAAACAUACAGGGCUCACAACAAAACGGUUGAGAAAACAAUUUUUACAGGGCUUAAACAAAAUGGUUGAGCAAACACAUUUGUACAGAGACUAUCAACAUCAAGAAUACCACGAAGACAAAGUUCACCCAAGGGUACUUUCAAUUUCAAAAGCAACGCGGCCAAGUCGGCGUCUGAUUUGCAUUCUUCUUUUUCUUUCAGUUCACGCUAUUCCUGAAAAGCUUGCCCAACGUUUACUCGUGUCUGGCCUCUCUGUCGGUCAGUCUCCCUUUUCUCUUCUGUCCCUCCGACAUUGGGUUUCUCUGUCUUUUUUUUUUUUUUUUAGUCGGCUGAUCUAUGAUGAAUGUAACAAUCCCUUAGUUACUUGUGUUUAUAUCGAGCCGGUUCCGUGUUUGGGGGUCUGUGCCGUAAAGCAAUGACUCUAUAUUAUAGUUAUAUUAAGGUAAAAGCGGCAAGGAUGAGAGUUAUAUUAAGGUGAAUCAAGCCAAAAAAGUUGCAUAGUUCCCCUUUCACUCGUGUCUGAUCUCUUUUCUGGUCCAUUCUUCUUUUGUUCCACCGACAGUCGCCUCUUGGGUCCCUUAUCAGUCGAUUGAUCCAUGAUGAAUGCAACAAUUGCCUCGCAACUGGCUGUUUAUAUCCAGCCGGUGCGAAGUUUGGGUGUGUGUCUGUGCCGUAAAGCAUUUUCGAAACUACAAUCUGACUACAUUUUCGAGGCGCGAUUGGAUACUUCCGCUGCGUCACAUCCGGAUUGUGUCGGUCCGAACAGAGCAAGUUGCAUAUGCGCUUUUUCCUUGGAGAGGUGACAUGGGGCAAUGACACACCCACCAAAUGACCCAGAAAUGGAAUGCAGAACCAUCAGAAUAACUCUCAACCAGCAUAAUCAAUGUAAUUUUGGCUAACAAAGUUGCCUAGUGGGCCUUUAAUAUUCGACAGUAAGGACAGAGAUAAUGUUUGUGGUCAACUGUGUAUGCACAACGGCACACUUCCUUGGAUUUGCACUAUUCUGUUUAUUUUAACUAAAAUUUGUUUUACCUAGUUGCUGCUGUAUUUGCCUGUAAAUAGUAUAUUCUGUAUUGUUGUGCUUUUUUUCUAUUUCACUUGCAUAUUUUCAUGUUUCUUUCUUGGCAUCCAGUCAGUGGAAAACACAGGAACAAUUUCAUUGUAUGACUAGGAACAUGUUUCUUAUUGUGCGAUAAACAAUAAACACUUCUAACACCUUUUCAUAGUACGUCUCAUUGCUUUUGUAUAAUUUAUCAAUGGUCUUACAAGUAUUUGUUUUCACACUUUUAUUUAGCAGGUGCAUGUGCAGUUUUGUGAAAUUGCACAAAUUACAAACACAUUUACAAAAUAUGAACAACUGACACCAACCAUGAUCCUGCAGAAGUAAACAGAGGGUCUAAGUGUUCUAAUCACAAGCAUCACCAAAUUUACUGUUCAGACUCAGAGCUACUGACACGGCUUAUGAGUGCAUCUUCAACAUCAUCAUCAACAUUGUCAAAGUAGUUACUGUAAUAGAGAUCUGGGUCAGUUAAAUACCUCUCUGAAUCAUAUUGCAGAUCACAAUCAAUAUCCCCAAAAACAUCACUGAUGAUAAUUAAAAUCUCCUUUGCAUGGUCUAAUUUAAACACAGGAAGGUUAUUGAUAAUGUAUGACAGGUCAAAUAUGUAUUGACAGUGGGUCAAUACUGCAUCAACCAGUUGCUGACUGAAUCCAGUGCAGGCUGCAUGUGAGGUGUACAGUGGGUUGGAUGAAUUGGUUAAACUAUCUCUGUAGUCAUUCAGCAAAUCUGCAAUCAAAGACUUCUCAUUUACAUCCACAUGCCUAGAUCCCUGAUCAGUUAGUUCAGCUUCAGUCGGUUCAUAAUUUGGCAUGGGUUCUGUACAUGGGCCAGAUGAACAAGAGCAAACAGUCUGGCAGUAUGUACAACAGAGAUGGCCUGGCUCUACAUGGCUGGGUUCUGCUUCAAAAUGUGAAUAUAGAGAUUUCCUGAAACAUGUGUCUUUUCCAACAGCAAGCAGUUUUUUACAUCUUCAUCCACCUUGAAGUACUGUCCGCUGUUGGAGAGGAUGGCAUGUGAUGGCUGACCAUGCCUCCCAGCCCUACCCGCCUGUUGUAAAAUCGCCUCUAGUUCACCUGGAGCUCCGUACAUUACCACGUGUGAAACAUUAGAGAAAUGUAACCCCAUCCCCAAAGCUGUUGUUGCCACAACUAUCCGGCAAUUCCCUUCCCCCCUCAUUGAAGCCAAUGAGGGGGGAAGGGACAGUCUCUCCUUGUUGUGGGGGAGGGUUUUGCUGUGGAACAUACCAAUCAGGAGGUUCUCACUUCUACAGUCCGGAUCACAGCCUACCCAGGCAUGUCCUUGCAGUUCCGCCUUUAAAUAUGAGAAAACUCUCCCCACUGAUUUCAGGCUUUGGCAGUAAAUUAAUAUUGGUUGCAUCGUUGAGCCCUUGUCUUUUGCAUGUUGCGCAAUCCAGUCCAGGCAGUUCAUGUGAUGACUGGGAACCUUGCACAAUCCAAAACGGAUGUUUGUCUUAUUGGGACUGGCAAUGAUGGAAACGGCAUUGUCCAUAUGGAGAAGUCUGCUGACUCUGCUGACUCUGCUUCUGGACUUGAUGUCAGCGGAGGCAGUUAGAGCCAAAACAGGUGUACCUGGUAGAGUAAAAAAAGUUCACAAUAAACACAUUUAAACACAAUUAUGUCCCCCCUCCCCUGUAAAAUGGUUGAGUCCAUGAAUCCUAUUUGCUCUCUUCUCACCGUGCGCAUCUGCCGCUUCAUUCAAAUGAAGACAGAAACGGUUUGAAAGCCAAAGAACUGGAGACAAGCCAACUGUACGCUUGCAGUGAUGAAAAAAGGUACAGUACAGCUGAAACUUGAAUCAAGAAAAUGUGAUGGGUGGUCAUAUGUGAUAGACAGUUCCGUUGUAAUUUCAAUCGUUUAUUUAAUUGCUAGCUUGCAAAAGUCGAUAGGACUAGUAGCUAGCUCGCUAUACAGCUUGCUUGUGCUAGCUAGCCUUGAAGUUACCACUGUUAGCUUAGCUAACCAACGUCUUACUAACGUCUUUAGUACAGUAAGGUGUUUCAUUACGUAUGUAACCUAACUGUUAAGCUAUUCCUAAAUCAGAUGUUAGAUACCACUAACCGUUUUCUCACCAAAAGCCUUUUUCUGGCUGUUGUAAAGGUAUUCAGUCAUGUAGCCUACAGUAAACUCAGUAACAGUAAAAAGUGUGCAUUCUUUGGUCCACCCUAUCUUUUGGUAGCUAGUUAGUUUAGCUUUGGUAAACAUGAUUUUGUAUGUAAUAACCUAAUACAUAAUACAUAUGUACAUGUGUAUGUAAUAACCUAAUACAUUAGAAAUUCAAUUGGCCAUUUAGAAAAGUAUUUGUCAUUAUGAAGGGAAAUAUGUCAUGAACAUGUUGUGCUGUGGGUUCUGAAUGCAGUUAUCUUUUCUUUUUAGAGACUUGGACUUGGACUUGAAAAAAAUAAAAUAAAAAUGUAAGUGUUAACACACAUCUAAUGGGCUCCAUUACACCAUAGCCUAUUUAACUCACCAUCCAAAUGCCAGUAAGCACUAAAUCAGUUGUAAAUCAUACUGAUGGCACUGUUCAGAUAUCAGAUCCUCUUUAAAACUAAACCACUAGUAAUAUUGCCGUUUCAGGGCCCAAAAAUGAAGCGAAAAGGUCAAGAUAUCAGGACUUUUUUCAAGAAAAGGUCGGUCAACCAGAGGGAGACAGAAGAGGUGGAGACAAUGAAAGACAGUCAGAGUGUGGAGGAGGAGACACAGAAAGUCAGCCAGAGUGUGGAGGUGGAGACACAGAAAGACAGUCAGAGUGUGGAGCUGGAGACACAGAAAGCCAGUCAGUGUGUGGAGGUGGAGACACAGAAAGACAGUCAGAGUGUGGAGCUGGAGACACAGAAAGCCAGUCAGAGUGUGGAGGUGGAGACACAGAAAGACAGUCAGAGUGUGGAGGUGGAGUCACAGAAAGACAGCCCAGAACCCCCAGAGGACACAACCAGUCCAACAGGUCCACAUGAUAUAUCUAAGCAUCGAGGUGACAGCCCAAGUCAACCAAUCAGGCAGGGAUUCCCCAGAACUCUCCAGGGUGGAGCUUGGAGAAGUUUCCACAUAGAGUGGUACCAAGAACGUCAAUGGCUUGAGUACUCGCAUUCUAAAGAUGCAGCAUAUUGCUAUCCUUGUAGGCAUUUUUCUCUACCUAAUGUCCCCAAGAGUGUUUUUACGUCAGUGGAUGGUUACUCUAAUUGGAAAAAAGCAACAUUUAGGGAUAGUGGAUUUUGUCGUCAUGCUAAAUCUGAGCACCAUGUCAAUGCAAUGCUUGCAUGGGAAGAAGAUAAAAGAAGGAAGGACAACAACACAUCAAUGAUAGUAUUGAUGGAAGCAGAAAAUAGGAAAAAGAUAACUGACAAUCAAAAAUACAUCAAAACACUAGGUGAAAUACUGUGUCUUACAGCAACCAAGGAUAUCGCCCAGCGUGGUCAUAGAGAGUCUUCUGACUCAGAAAACAGGGGCAAUUUCCUUGAGAUUUUAGAACUCGUAAGCAAACAUGACCAGUCAGUUAGGACAAGAUUAGAAGAUCAAGCCAAGAAUGCCAAAUACACCAGCAGCCAUAUUCAAAAUGAAAUUAUAAGCAUUUUAGCAGGGAUGGUCAGGGAUGAGAUUAUUAAAGAGGUCAAAGAAAGUGAACAAUUUUCUGUCAUAGUGGAUGAAACCAAAGAUGUAAAAAAAAAAGAACAAAUGUCUUUUGUUCUUAGGUACUUUUAUAACGGCAUGGUGCACGAGAGCUUUUUAGAGUUUCAGGAAGCAGAAAGGCUGGAUGCUGCAGGUUUAACAGAAAAAAUCAUAGACUGUCUAGAGAGGCAUGGCUUGAAUUACAAGGAAAACUUAGUCGGGCAAGGCUAUGAUGGAGCAGCCGUUAUGAGCGGGAAACACUCCGGUGUACAGGCUAGAAUAAGGGAUGUAGCCAGUCAUGCUUUUUAUGUACACUGCAGUGCACACUGUUUAAAUCUAGUGAUAGUGGACAGUGUGAAAUCUGUAUCUGAGGCAGGAAAGUUUUUUUCUUUGUUGGAAUGUCUGUAUGUAUUUAUGUCAGGCUCGUAUGCUCAUGAUAAAUGGCUGAAGGUGCAGCAAGAGAUGUUUAAAGGUGAAGGACCAAGGGAGCUUCAGCGUCUUAGUGAUACAAGAUGGGCGUGCAGGUAUGUAGCUUGUCGGAAUGUGAUGGAUAGGUUGCCUGCUAUUGUGUGUGUCCUUGAAGACAUUUCACAUGAGGACAACCCAGAUAGAGCUGUGGAGGCCAGAGGAAUUCUGCAUCAGAUAGAUCUCAAUUUUAUUGGAUGUCUUGUGGUGUUUAGAAAGAUUUUAGGUGAAUCAAAAUUUUUGUUAGACAUGCUCCAGUCAACAAAAAUAGACCUAACAAAAGCUGUUGAGUUGGCAGAAACACUCCAACAGACUCUCAGGGAAUAUCGCAGUGAGCCCUCUUUUGAGACUGUCUGGGGUGAAGUACUCGACAUAUGCCAAAGUAACAGCAUCCCUACAUCACAGCCCACCUGUAAACAAGCAAGACAGGUAGCAAGAAAACUACAGAGUAGUGUUGUUACAUCCACUCUAGGACAGCAAACAGAACCAGAUAACAAAGAAUCUUUCAGAGUUAAAGUCUAUUACUCCAUAAUAGAUUGCAUGAUUGGAGAGAUGGAAAGGCGUUUUUCCAAAAUUAACUGCGAAAUCAUGAAAGGAAUACAGGCCUUCAAUCCAUCAAGUCCUAGCUUUCUCAGUGAGGAGGCUGUUCUUUUGUUGGCAAAUUCCUAUGGGACAAAUUCAGAUGAUGUUAAGCUUGAACUGCAUCAGGUUAAGAGACUGUUUGAUAGAACAGCAAAAAAAGGAGAGACCGACUAGUCUCAUGGAACUAUUACUUUUUUUGGAUCCCAUUAAAACUGUUUUCUUUGAACUACAUCGUUUAUGUAAAAUAGCUGUAGUUUUACCCGUUAGCAGUGCUUCAUGUGAGCGGAGUUUCUCAACUCUAAAGCUGGUCAAGAACCACUUACGUUCUACCAUGGCUGAGAAUAGGUUGUCAAGCCUAGCUACACUUAGUAUAGAGUCAGCACGUGCUAAGGGUCUUGAUCUAGAUGAGUUUGUGAGACGAUUUGCUGUCGAACAUGGCAACCGCCGUAUUGUUCUUUUUUAGCUCCCUGACCUGCUGUUUAGAAUUUAAUAUAUUAAUUGUUUGUGAAAUUAAAUAAAACUGAAUUGUUUUGCUGCUGGAUAUGUAAAUAUGUUAACUGUUUUCAUUAGCGAUUGGUAUAAAUAAAUACAUAUAGACACCAGGCAUGUGUGUUUCCAACAAUAAAAAGACUUGACUUGACUUGACUUUGUGUGUGUGAUUUGCCACCCUUGAAUUUAACUUGCCACCCUUCUGCCACCCCAUGUAAAAUUUUCUAGAAUCGCCACUGGACAACAACUUUCGGGUUAGCAUUGCUAGCGUUCGCCUUAGCUAACUCCUUCACCACUAACGGAGCCAGCUGGAAAAUCUAACUUUUCCCGAACCCGGUGGGGAGAUGCGCCACAACAUCAUGGCCACCAACAAACUCAGCAAAGCUUGUUCUUGCUCCAGCUUUAAUUGAUCAAUUUUCGGCAGUGAUCCCACAACAGACAGAAUAGCUUCUCUCGUAUCAUUCUCCAUUGUCUUCCUCUGACUACAACUGAAACUGGCGCGCGACCUAGACGUCAUCGUUCUUUGCCACUCCCUCUGUUCGCUGAUUGGACCGCCAGAAAUCUGGUUUACAUGGUACGCAUUUACAUUAAGCAGACCCAGACCUAGUACUGAAGUGAAAUGGAAAUUGAGCGGAAGUAGGUAGGUGGGCGGCGCCAGGCUAGGUUUCAAAUCUACCCGGUUUGUUUUGGAUUCGUGUUGACGCCUGAAACCGUCUGAAACCGUAAACCAUGACGUCAUCGCCCCACCCCUCGACCCUCUAGCCAAUGACUGUUAAGCCCGCGGAGUCUCCUCCUUUAUGCGCAUGCUCGCCUCUGCUUCUUAUUUAUUUUUCUUCUGGAUUUCUGUAGCAGAAGCAGCGCCCCUUAUGGGCCUGGAAUGUGUACUACAGCGUUUCUACAGAUCUACCCGGUUUUGCUUGACUCCGUCUUUACGGAGAUACUCCGAAACCGGUUACGUUGCCUCCGGAACGACCCUUCAUACCUCCGUCUGGUAUAUAUAUAUAUACUUAUUGUAUUUGAGGUUUUGUACUUAUAUUAUACCUGACCUUUUUAUUUUAUUGUUCUCCUG